GGGGAGAAGCCCUACACCUGCGGCGCUUGCGGCAAAGGCUUCAGCCAAAACUCCAACCUGGUCACCCACCAACGUAUCCACACCGGGGAGAAGCCCUACGCCUGCGGCGCUUGCGGCAAACGUUUCAGCGAGAGCUCGGCCCUCAUCCAGCAUCAGCGGACCCACACCGGCGAGAAACCCUACAGCUGCGGCGAGUGCGGGAAACGCUUCAGCGUCAGCUCCAACCUCCCCCGCCACCGCCGCACCCACACCGACGAGAAGCCCUACAUCUGCGGGGAGUGCGGGGACGGCUUUCGCCACAAGUCCCAGCUCCGUCGGCAUCAGAAGCUUCACGCCGCGUGA